CUUCCAAAGUCAUACAAGGAAGCAAGCAACAACCAUGCGGCACAGGAAAAAGUCCUCUGUUCUGAUAAACAAAGAAAAAUGAAGUUAAUUGAGGCAGACAUGGUGUGUGCUCUUAAGUGUCACAUAUAUCCAAAAAUGAGAAAUGAUGAAUGGAAAAGCUUCCUCAUGAACAUAGAUGCGAACUUCCAACAUCCAAGAGUGGACCAACACUCUGAAAGCUUCACAGAUGUCUUUUUGUUAUUGCAAAUGUUUGCUGUAGUAAGCCUUGGAAACUAUGAAAAAUUACUUGAAGCUGUAAAAAACAUUGACGUGAGGGCCAAAGAUAUUAUUGUCAAAGCCACGAAAGAAAUUAAAGCGAUACAAGACAGUAUACCAGGAACAGUAGCAACCCGUGAGGAGUUGAAAGGUCAACUGACCGACAUGCACAAGAAGAAUGAGGAUUUGGAACGACAAAUGGCAAAUGUACUGAAGACAAGGACGCAGGAGGACGUUUACAAUUUGUUCGAUCGAGCUUUGAGCCUGAUUGUAAAAACAAGGAUUUAGUGACAUUGGAGAACAUCAAAUAUCGUCAAAACAUUUUUAUCCUAGUAAUAGGAAAGAAGAGCUGAUGUUAUUUUUCCUCUGAGUAAAACAGAUAUUAAUCUAUCUCAAAUUUAUCUAAAAUAACACAUAAUGUUUGGAUUAGCGUUUCUUCCCUGUAACUGCAGUCGCAACAGUCAAUACGACUGGUAGCCAGUGAUUACCUCUAUUAAAGAUUUCAGUUUAACUUACGGUUUUGAGCAGUUGUUUGAGAUUUUAUUUUUGGUUUAACUAUCACCUAUAGUCGUGAUACAUUAUACUUGUGUUUGUACUAAAUAAGAAAUACAAAGUAAAGCAAUCACGUUAGAAGCGUAUAAAACAUUUUGAUUCAUAUGAAUAAAUAAAAAAAGUCUUUUAUUUGCACCUUUAAAACGUUGACAUAAUCAUAAACCAAGCUCUUGGCAUUUGCGUUUGAGAUAAACUAAAGACAUUUAUACUAUAAAGUGGUUCUAAUCGAAAUUUGUGACAUUCUUCAAUCAAUAUGACGAUGAACCUACUGUAAUGUGUGAUAUUUCACAGAAAAUGCCAAACUACAAUUCUGGCAUAUAGUACAACAACACAGAAUGCCUCAUUAAUCAUUUUGCAAUCGGAAUACUAAAGCACAGAUAAGGCUCCUAGACACUUAAUCAUUUACUAAGUAUCUACAAUUCAAUAGAAAAUAUGUUUAGUUUCAAAUGGGUGUUUUUUGUUAAAUUUUAAAUGAUCGAGUCAUUUUGAAGUAGGUUAUAAUGUCAUUUAAUGUGUUUUGUGUAAAUAAUUAUAAUUCUCACACAGUGCAAGUAUAUUACUUUAUUUGUGAUUAUUGAUUUAUAUUUUUAGGAAACAUGAACCACCGUGUACAUAGACUGAUUUUAUAUUUUGAUUAGUAUUUGGUGUUAAUCUGUUACAUGAAUUUAAGAAUCCACCAACCCUACCAUAAUUUUUCAGGAUCUGACCCUUGACUCCAGACUGUUUCACUGUUCCCCCUAACCCCCCAACAGUUACCUAGUCAACAGAAGUACGUACUCUAGUCAGCCUGUACUACAGUUAUAUCCUGAACAGAAUUGAGGGGAGGUGACCGUAUACACAAACAACAACAGUGCAGUGGGAUAGGGCGGUAAUGUUUAAACCAUUACAAAUGUCUUGAUGAAGCAUGCAGUAUGCCUACAUCACCGACAGACGACAUGCAUUGCAUUGUCAUCAGGUGUCUAGAUCAAAGGCCAAAUGUGUGCCAUCUUUUCAGUCAAACUUAUUCAGGUCCGUCACUUUUGAACUCACCUGACCGAAGGGCAAGUCCGUCGUCCGUCAAUUUUUCCUUUAAAACGCUACUUGUCCUGAACAGCUUAGUGGAUAUUAACUAAAUUUAGUCUGUAACAUCCUUGGGCUAAAGGCCCUCAAUUUUGUCUAAACGUAGGGAAUGUCCCCCUGGAGGCAGAGAAGUGGAGUCUAA